AUGAAGUGUGCCUUAAUUUUAUGUGUAUUCUUCACAACAGUACUAGUCAACUUCGUACAGACCUGGAACGAGCUCUGUAGAGAAGCUAUAGAGUCAACGGCAAUGAGCGCCAUAACAUACAUGAGACUGAGAAGACUAAAGAUGCUGUUGAAGGGGGAAGAUUUGGUGGAUUAUACCUGGUGGGCCGACGAAGUGUUGAAAAGAAUCCCCGAAUCGCUCCCAUUACACUACCAAUACCAACCGGAUAAAAAAUCUAAUAAUUUUAACUUUACAUGUAGCAAUAAUCUGUGCCUAAUGGCAGGUAUUAAGUACUUUUUCGCGGUACUGAUGAAUUCUGGAUAUCCAGUAGGCACAAGCAAUACUCAAAAAUUCGAUAUACCGCCACUAGGAUAUCCCAGAAAAAUCAAAUUCUCACCCUCUGAUUGUAUUAAAUAUUUAGUUGUUCUACUCUCUGAUCUACACCACCCCUUGCAUCUGGAUUUCACUCAACCUGAUUCUAUCGCUACCAUUCCAGUUGACUUGAGUGACUUUCCAGUCUGGGAGAAUAUCAGUGUGCAAACCUUAAAUACAAAAAGACCAUUGUAUGGCGAUUUUUUAAAGCAUAUUUAUAUGCCCAAAUAUAUCGAAGUUAAUGAGAAUGCAUGGUAUGGGUCAUGGACGCAUGUGUCAACACUCGGGCUCCGUUACUCAACGGAACUUGACCUGUUCAAUAACAAGACAGUGGAAUGUUUCGAAGUCUGGGCAGCGGAGACGGCAUCACUAAACAACACGAUCUUUGAUAAGGAAGAUUUUGUUUACCUCAGUGACACUGUUAGAACCAAGGCAAUUAGGUUCACCGAGAGACUAGAUUCAAAACUUGGAUUCCUGAUGAGACUCCAAAUAGUAAUGGCCGGAGCACGAGUAGCAAUUGUGCUAAAUUAUAUCCUGUCGCACAGAGAAAUUACUUACGACGAACAAACUGGAAUCAUUAUACAGAAACCUGAACUUGAAGCUAGGUCAAUCAACAUCGGAUACUAUCUAGUGAAGAUUUCAAUUAUUUUCCUACUCCUUGCCCUGGUUCUGUUGGUAUACUACGCUAUUGUAUCACUAUUUAAACGUCUGUUCAAGGACAAAGGUCUUUUUGUCAGAUUAUUCCUGUCCAAGAGGUACCAGCCCGUCAACAAACUACCUGAAUAA